GCGGAGUGGUGCAGCGACUGGCGCUCAGGGCUGGACCUCCUCCUCCUCCUGUCGGGAACCUUGACUAUACCUUCUACCUGGCCCGGCUCGUCUGCAGCGCCGCAUCCUCGCCGCCGCAGCGCCGCGAGGAGGAGGAGUAGGAGUAGAAAACGCAGCUGAGCCGGCGCCGUUGGAGGGGCCCUCGGCUCCCGCUCGCCCCCCGUCGCUUCCGAGGUCAACCCUCCCGCCGGGUCUCGGCUCUCUCCUCCCGCCGCCGCCAGCGCCUGCUACCGCCGCGAUGGGGCUCCUGGAUUCGGAGCCGGGCAGUGUCCUGAACGUGAUGUCCACGGCGCUCAACGAUACCGUGGAGUUCUACCGCUGGACCUGGACCAUCGCAGAUAAACGUGUGGAAAAUUGGCCUCUGAUGCAGUCUCCACUGCCUACACUAAGUAUAAGUACUCUCUAUCUCCUGUUUGUUUGGCUGGGUCCAAAAUGGAUGAAGAACCGAGAACCUUUUCAGAUGCGCUUAGUGCUCAUUCUCUAUAAUUUUGGGAUGGUUUUGCUUAACUUUUUUAUCUUCAGAGAGUUAUUCAUGGGAUCAUAUAAUGCAGGAUAUAGCUAUAUUUGCCAGAGUGUGGAUUAUUCAGAUAAUGCUCAUGAAGUCAGGAUAGCUGCUGCUCUGUGGUGGUACUUUGUAUCUAAAGGCGUUGAAUAUUUGGACACAGUUUUUUUUAUCCUAAGGAAGAAAAAUAACCAAGUCUCUUUCCUUCAUGUAUAUCAUCAUUGUACAAUGUUUACAUUGUGGUGGAUUGGAAUUAAGUGGGUGGCAGGGGGACAAGCAUUUUUUGGAGCCCAGAUGAAUUCCUUUAUCCAUGUGAUUAUGUACUUAUACUAUGGGUUAACUGCAUUUGGCUCCUGGAUUCAGAAGUAUCUCUGGUGGAAACGGUACUUGACCGUGUUGCAGCUGAUUCAGUUCCAUGUGACCAUUGGACACACAGCAUUGUCUCUGUGGACUGAUUGUCCCUUCCCAAAAUGGAUGCACUGGGCUCUAAUUGUCUACGCCAUCAGCUUCAUAUUUCUCUUUCUUAACUUCUAUGUUCGGACAUACAAUGUGCCUAAGAAAUCAAAAACUGGAAAAACAACUGUGAAUGAUAUUUCAGCAAAUGGUGUAAACAAAUCAGAAAAACAGCUAGUGAUAGAAAAUGGAAAAAAGCAGAAAAAUGGAAAGGCAAAAGGAGAGUAAAUUGAACUGGGCCUUAACUGUUGUUGACAGUGAGGAAACUCCCAUUUCGUACAAAAUUUCAGGGAAAACAUACAAAUGAGGUUUUGGGGUGGGGAGAAAAGGCAAAUGUGCUCUAAGUACUAGUAUCUUUAGAAUGAGUAAAGUGUUAAAUACAACACCCUGAUGUUUUAUUUAUGAAGUUUUUAUUUUAAACACUUUUUUAUUAGCCUUGAUGUUGUCCAGACCAAAGCAAUCAUCAUGUGACUUUGGACACUCGCUCUGCUCACAUCUAUUUGUCUAAUGGAUGCGAUUUUCCAUGUAUCUUAUAUACAUCCAUUCUUCAGUCUGAAUUUUAGACGAUCACAGAAACAUAGUCUCUAAAGAAUUUUUUGGCUAAAUUACUACCUACCUAUUGAUUAAAAUCAGUUACAUUACAUUUUCUGUUCCAAAGCUGGAAAUGCGGAUACUUUUAAAUUUGCACAUUGGAAUUCAUUUGCUGACCGGAAUGGUUGACUCCACCUCUAGUCUGAAUAUACCCUGUUGAUUGUAAUUAAAAUUUAAAAUUCUGCUGAUCUCUGUAGACUCUUAGAGGUUUGAUGAUGAUGGUGUUGGUAAAAAUGAGAAAAAAUUACAGUAAAAUCCUGUCUGGAGACUCAAAGGUCACCGUGACUUGUAGCAGAAAUCACUGUGGGAAAUAAUUUUUGUGAUGAAAAGGUAGCCUUUGAAUACUCCUAUUGCUAUCAGAAAUACAUAAUGAAAAGUAAGAUUAUUGUCUGAUGGGAACGUGAAACAACUCGUGUCUUCGUCAAUAACAGUAUAAGAGAGUAUGUUGAUUUUUAUCAGGCUUUCCUUGUUUUGAUUUGUAUCUGUUACCAAUUUUUCAUAUGUGGAAAUAUACCUACCUCUUAUGUUGGAAAGAACAUUGAAAAUUAAAUAAAUUUUAAUUUAAAAAAAAAAUCAAGGAGUCCUCUAAUGUAAAUUUUAAUCAUAUUAACUUGAAUCCACUGGUUUUUUGGGUUUUUUUUGCUUUUUAAAAUAGCACACACCCAACUUUUCUGUGAAACUCUCCUUCCUUUUCACUGUGUUUAAUUUUGGAGUGAUAUUUUCCCUGUGACUAAGUUGCAAGAUCUUAUUUAUUACUAAAUAUGAAAUGUAAAUCCAUUUUGGUGCAAUAUUCUUGACUCCUUGGUGCUAAAGAUCAUUAAAUUCAGUGCUUGAUGUUAUAAGGUAUUAGUUGUUAAAACACUAAAUGAAAGAGAGUAGUCAGAAUUACAAAAUUGAACUUGCUAUUUACAGUUGAAGUAUUUCAUGUAAUAUAAGGGAACAACUUGAAAUUCACUGGGGAAGAGAAUUUGUAGUGUGUUUUAUGACAGGUUAAUUUGUUAGGGGAUGUUGCACAGGGAUCAUUAUAGAAAGAAAAUGUGACAACAAAAGCAUGACUGUUUCUAAGUUUUUUGACAACAUGUCAAAACUGCAUGUGCAGGAUGUAUGAUGUUUGUGCAGACAAACUUUCAGAAUUUUUAUAAGCUAUAAAAUAUUUAUUGUGCAUUAAAAUUACACAACUUUUUUCCCCAAAGGCAUGCAGCCAUGAGAAUUAUAAAAAAGUUGGCAACACAUACAGUAGGUUGGUCUAAGAGGAUUCAACACCAUUGUUUCUGCUGUGUAUAAUAACUAGAGACUUGUAAACCUUUGUGAACAUUCUGUACUGGUUCCCCAGAGUUAUUCAUUCCCUGCUACCUGAUUCAGCACAAUAAAUAUACUACUGUUGUGGGAAAAAAA